AUGGGAAAUGGUAUAAGCAAACUCAAUCUAAAUUGUCAUGUCAAAGCUUCCAUUAGAGAACAAAAUCUCUAUGAACUCGACAAUUUUCAUUCUUAUAAACUCGAUCAUUAUUGUUACAAAGUUUUAAAAGCAGCCACAGGGAAGUUUUGCGACAAGAAUCUAGCAGGACAAGGAGGUUGUGGUGAUGUUUAUAAAGGGUGGAUAGAUCAUCGCACAAAAGAUUCUGCAAAACCAGGACAUGGUUUAACUGUAGCUGUUAAAAGGAUCAAGAAGGAAGGUGUUCAAGGCAUAGAUGAAUGGAGUAAUGAAUUGAAGAUUCUGAGGAGUUUUAAACAUCCAAAUGUAGUGAAACUGUUGGGAUAUUGUGCUGAAGGUAUGCACAGGAUGCUAGUGUUUGAGUUCAUACCUAAUGGAAGCUUGGAGGAGAAUCUUUCAAGAGGCAAAAUUUCAAGAUUUGAUGUUUGGGACAAGCAGAAUGCAGUGUGGAACUUAACUGGAGAAAAAGAAUCAAAAUAG